AUGAAAACCGACAGUCCCCCCAAAUCAUUUCAUGACGAUGAGAAGGGUGCUUCUGAAGUCCUCGAGGACGCUCGAGAAAUUCAGCCCCAACACUCCCUUUCAAAUCCCAUGCCUACUCAAGAUGUGACAAGGCGAAUGAUCUUGUUCUCUCUUUUCAUAGCAUUGGCAGGCUGGGUUUUCAAUUUCGACCUUGGGUUCGGUGGCACUGUGCUUCAAAUGCCAGCCUAUAGGAAAGUCUUUGGGAAAUGUGUACCACGAACAAACCGUACCACCGGCGUGACGGCGGUGGUAUGCUCUCAAACAGCCCUCCAGCAAGGACUGGUGUCCCUGACCCUAAUAUUUGUUGCCCUUGGAGGUCUGGUCAGUGGACUUGUCGGUAGCCUCUUCGGCAGGCGCGGAACCAUUCAAACCGGUGCCUUCCUCGCGGGUGCAGGGGCUGCCGGCAUGCUCGGUACGUCUGGCAACCUGACAAAUUAUCUGAUUUGCAAAUGCAUCGGCGGUGUGGGCUUGGGCCUUCUCAUUGCCGCUGCAGGCGUCUAUGGUGCAGAGUGUACGGUGGCGCGCUAUCGCGGGAUGCUCCUCGCUCUAUACAAUAUCGGCCUCGGUAUGGGGUUUGCGGCCUCUAGUGCUGUGUGCUGGGGUAGCUCAACUUACGUUACGAGCAAUCUCUCGUGGCAGAUCCCAAUCAUCUGUCAGAUACCUCUAUCGGUCAUUCUAGGCCUUGGAGUGAUGGCUUUCCCUGAGUCACCGCGGUGGCUACUUACCAAAGGACGGGAUGAAGCUGCGAAAAAGUCAUUCGCUUGGCUCUAUGCUAAGGAUCCCGAUCAUCCAGACAUCUUACUCCAGAUUGCCGACGUUCAGAACCAUAUUCAGCUGGAGAGAUCAAGCCAACAAAAGACUCGCUGGCAUGAGAUAUAUCAAGGGGUCAACUUCCGCAGGACUUUGGUCAGCGGAUUGAUUAUGGUAGGGUUGGCCAUUACUGGGUCAAAAUUCACUGGGCCAUACGGUGCAAUUUUCUUAGCUGGCGUGGGUGUCAGUAACCCGUUCCUUAAUACAUUUAUCAUUUCCUUGAUGAUGUUGGCAGGCUCAGUCGGAGGGCCUUGGUUAGUUGAGUAUGGAGGUCGGAGAUUUUCAAUGCUCGUUGGUUAUACGAUAAUGAUGAUUUGUAUGCUCAUUAUCGGCAUUGUUGGCUCCACACUGGGACAAACAACCUCAAGAGCGAGGAUCAUUCUCCUGGUCUUUCUAUUCAUAUGGUCCUUCGUUUUUGGUCUCUUUAUCGGAACAAGCGUAUGGAUCUCGGCCCCAGAACAGCACAACCUCCGACUUCGAACAUAUGGUCAAGCUUCUACAGUCUGGAUCUACCAAGUCUUUGGUUUUGCCUCUAGCUUCUGGGCCCCGUAUCAGAUCAAUCCUCGCUAUGGUAAUAUGGGAAUGAGUGUUGGAUACUUCUACGCAGGCGUAACUUUCGCCAUGCUGGUGCUCACUUACUUCCUUGUCCCAGAGACAAGCCGUCUCACUCUCGAACAAAUCGACGACUACUACAACUCCGGUCGUCCAGCAUGGAAAACAUCGACCAGGCGCAACAAGAGAAUAGCAGCCGGCUUGGAAAGUGCCAAUGACUCUUAG